AUGGCUAACCAAACCAAGUGUGGACGGCUCUGCAAUGCUCUGCACAUAGCGCAGACACAGAACCUUCUGGUGGAGUACGGAGAGUCGGCCAUCUUGCCCUGUAAUGGCUCAGCCUAUCGAGAGGAGGAGGGGAGUUUCCACUGGGAGGCGAUGGGGGAAGAUGUGGCAAUUCUGCGGGGAGAAGAGUUAAGAGAGGGAGACAAAUAUAAGGGCCGAGUCCAGAUGCCCUCAGAGGAGAAACUGAGGGAAGGAGACUGGUCUGUGGUCCUUCAGCGCAUGUUGCUCAGUGACACUGAUAUGUACGAGUGCAUUUGGCGAGGAAGAAAAACCAUAUCAACUGUAUGGCUCACAGUCGUGGUUCCACACGUCGAGGGCUCCAUAGUGGUGCCUGCAGGAGACAUGGUGGAUCUAUCAUGCUAUGUUCAGAUCUCCAGAAGCCAGUCCCUCAACGACCUGCAAAUCUGGUGGACCAGGAACGGCAUCACUAUAGUGUCAACAGAAAAGGAGGAGGAGGUGACCAAAGGACAGCAGGUCAGUGUGUGCAGACAGAGAGCAGAGCAGGAGCUCACUCUGCUCCUCACCACAGGACUGGAGGCUCAGCAGCUCACUGUGCAGGAUGCCAACAGAGCAGCAGUCUUCCAGUUUACCGUUUCCAAGGAGAUGGACUGUUGCCAGGUGGGAGGACAGUCCUUCCUGGUUACCUCGGGCAAGCUGAGUCUUCUUCUGCAGUUCAAAACUCCAACUGAUAUGAAGAACUUCCAGCAGUUAUUGAAGACAGGGGAUGAAGGCGGAAAUAUGGGUGCAGAGAGAGGCCAAACACAUUCUAGGAGAAAUCCCACUAUGUUUGAAACAAGGAUUGAAAAUGCCCCUACACAGGGCUACCAGUUCCACAGCUGUCUGUCCCAGCAGCAGACCUUGCUUCAGGACUACCAGAGGACUGCCACUUACCAGAGAGCCAUUUUAGUCAAUGAGAGUGACUUCAGAGACAAGGUGGUUCUGGAUGUGUGUUGUGGUUCUUCUAUUCUGUCUUUCUUUGCAGUCCAGGCAGGAGCCACCAAAGUGUACGCUGUUGAGUCCAGCCCUAUGGCCAAAUAUACACAGAUCCUGGUCCAGAGUAACUGUCUGUCUGAGCGGAUCAAGGUCCUAGAAGGCAAGGUGGAGGAGGUCAGCUGUCCUGAAUUGGUAGACGUCAUUGUCUCGGAGCCAAUGGGAUACAUGCUGCUCAAUGAUAGACUCAUGGAGAGCUUCUUACAUGCAAGGAAAUGGCUCAAACCCAAUGGUCUGAUGUUUCCCUCCUUUGGUGAUAUUCAUCUAGCUCCCUUCAGUGAUGAGCAGCUCUACUUCGAACACUACGCACAAGCUAGUUUCUGGCAGCAGAAAAGCUUAUAUGGAGUUAACCUGAGUGCUCUCUACAGUGCUGCAAUGGAUGAGUUCUUCAGGCAGCCUAUUGUGGACACAUUUGAUGUGCAGGUUCUGAUGGCCAGGUCUGUCAAGCACUGCAUCAACUUCAUGGAGGCUAAAGCAGAAGAUUUACACAGAAUAGAGAUUCCCUUUGUGUUCACACUGCAGCAGUCUGGUCUGGUCCAUGGCCUGGCCUUCUGGUUCGAUGUGGCCUAUUUGGGAUCCAAGUCCACAGUGUGGCUGUCCACAGCUCCCACCGAGCCUCUGACCCGCUGGUAUCAGGUCAGAUGUUUGCUUCAGACGCCGCUCUUCGCCAAGCUGGGACAAACUCUGUCUGGGACGGUCCUGCUGGCUGUGAACAACAGGCAGAGCUAUGACAUCCACAUCAGCGCCACAGUUGACCAGUCAGGCUUCACAUCGGGAAACGUCCUGGACCUCAAGAACCCUUUCUUCAGGAUAGCGUCGUGGUGAGUAGGAGGUCCAGGGAGGGAGCCCUCUCUCCUCAUGGGGGGGGGGGGUAAACACAUCCUACGUGCAGGUUAACCAACGAUCACGACGUACACAGCUUCCAAACAUGCAGCCAGAGAGACGGAUCCACAUGAGGGCAGCAGCACUGUUAUUCCAGAUUCUACUCAAUUACCUGGAAUAACAACAUGUACUGUCAAACAUUCACGAUGAUGUGGACGAUAUGGAUAUCUGGAAUGUAAUGGGGAACAUUUUCUAAUCAACAUAAAAUACAGAUUUAUUAGAAUUGAAUUUAGAUUCCACAUUAAAAAACAUCUCUUUAAUCGUUUUAUCUUUAAUGGAUGAAUAAAUAAAUUCCUGUUCAAACUGAUUAAAUGAAAAAGAAAAAAAGAAAAAGAGGGAGUCACCUCAUUUUGAAAAACUGAAGUUAAACAAUACAUUUGUCGUUGUUUUAGUUGCACUGAAACAUCUUUAAGGUGAUUUAUUCUGUUCUGACUGUGGAUGGUUUGUUGUAUUUCUUUUUAAGAAAUCCAUUUAGUAAUCAAACGUUUAUAAUCAUUAUUAUGUUUUACCAUCUCUUUCAUCUCAGGAGCCUCAUAAGGGAUCCUCAGAUGUCACACAUCCACACACUUUGAUUUGUUUUCUUCUUCUUUAGUACAGUUUGUAAUGAAUGUAAAGGCAAAGUUGACUUUACUAAAAAAUUAAUCCAUUUAGUAUCCAUACACAUCAAUACACACAUAUCUGAUGUGAUCAAGCAUGUACAAGGACACUAACUGUUGUUAGCUUUUGUGGUGUUGUAAUAAAA